AAAGGGUAUUUUAAAAUGGAUAAUAGUAGUGGUGGGGACAAUGGCAUUAUUUGUACUUUUGGUGUACUUGAAGACAACCAGUCACUUGUAUUUCGCAGCGAAGAACACAUCUUAGAGCCGUGUAAUCCUCAGAACCAAGAAAUUUUGAGCCUACAGCCUAUCGCAAUGGCAGGAGAUGACAAGUUUAUUAGUGACAAUGUUAAGGAAGACGCAGAAGAGAAGGUACUCGAAAAUGAAGAUGUGAAUGAAGAACAACGUGGGAUUAAUGAAUAUAAUGACGAAUUUUUGAGAGCGUUACAGGCUUGCAGACGGUUACUUUCAAUGCCAAAAGAGAGCGAGAUGCCUGCAAAAGAAUCCGAAAGUCAACAACCGAUGCACCAAGAUUACGGACAGAGUUCCAGCGACUGGCAACAAAUAAGUGAACUGUAUGCUACCAGCAGUGAUAUGAAUCGCCAACAGUUUCCAACAUUUCCUUCUGCAAAUUACAGUCCACAUGUGGAUUGUGAUACGCCGAGUUCGUGCUGGAGAAGUCAUCCUGCUCACACAGCAAUCAGUGGAAAUAACAUUCCACAACGACGCGUGUCUUCCAACUCGACAUCUUCCCGGUUUGCACCGUACAGUGUUCCAGGAACAAGCAACUCGGAUGUACCCGGUUUUAAUCAGUCCACGUCCACCACCAAGUCAUCUAGAGGAUCUUCAGCUAAAGGCAGCAAACGUACUCGAACCGCCUACACAAGUUCCCAGUUGCAUGAGAUGGAGAAGGAAUUCGGCUGCAGCAGCUACCUCUGUCGUCCACGCCGUUCAGAGUUAUCAGCAGAACUUAAUCUCUCGGAACGACAGCUCAAGAUAUGGUUUCAGAACAGGAGGAUGAAAUACAAGAAAAUGCGAGAAUCCAGGUCACUGCCACGUACAUCUAGCACUGAAACCAUUUCCAGUACUACUCUGACUUCCAGCCCAAAUAAUUGCGUAUCACCUGCUUCAACUUCAACUUCAACUUCAUCUUCAUUUUCAUUUUCACCGGUGGCAGCAUCAUCCCAAUCUGGAACACUGUAUCAGCAACAUAGCAGAACACUUCACACUCCAGAACUGAGCCCCAUACCGGGACAAAGUAAUUAUUAUGUACCUGCAGAGAAUCCUGUAGCCUUGCAACAUGAUUACGGCAUUGCUCUCAAUACUUCCACUAGUUUAAUGGGUUCUAACCCCCCUUCUUAUCACAACGAGCAAUUCACAAUGCUGCACAGUCCUUCGCCUGAGAUCUUCAACAUACCGUUCAACCAUCUUCAACCAUUUCUGCAGCAAAUGCCACAAACACAGCACCCUGUUUGCAGUUCAGCAAACCAGUUCCCUCACCUCGUGUCUGCUUUGAGGGCUGAACAUCCUAUCGCAAGACGUGUGUACGACAAUGCUUCAGAUGAAUCUUCUGAGGGUGCUACAGCUUCUUCGAACACACACUUUGCAAAUAAUCACUCGUGUUCUUGGCAGGAGGAGACGAGAUAUCAACAACAAUCCUCAUCGGAAUGUGGAGCCAGGGUGUACUACGACGAUCCACAGAAUGUAUACAUCAGGAGAGAGGAUCGCCCUUCUUGUGCAUUUCAGUAUCAAACUGAGGAACAGAUGUCAUCAUGUUCGGCUCGACCAGUGUGGGAAGAAUGCAAUUUCCAUUUUCCAGAGAUGCCAAAUAUGGAUACUUCAUGGCAGGAAGAUCUGACCCGUCAGGUUAAUCAAAUGCAUUUGACAACGGAAGAAAAUAAUUGGUAUUCCGAAGUUACAACUCGACUAUGUCUUUUCGAUUCAGACUCUUCAGUUGAAGAACUAAUCGGACCCAACAUUCAGAAUGAAACAGAUGUACAGUCAGGCACAAAUACAUCGUCGAAUAAAUCCACUUCAGAUACCAGCGACGGUCGCGGUGAAAAUACUUCAACCACGUUUCCUCCAAAAUUCUUUGAUCUGUAA